UCCACAAAGUAAUCAUCACCUCCUCUUUCCUUUGGCUUUUGAUUUGGUUUUGGGAUUGCAUUCCAGUUCAUGAUAAGGUUGCCCGAAUCAUUAUCUCUUCCAUCUUUAGCUCUCCUCCUCUAAACCCUAUAGAUAACCCUCAGUCUGCAUUUCCCUUGCACAAAACCACAGCAGAAGACAAAGAAAGAUAAAUGGAAGGAAUAGAACACAAAACGAUCAAUGUCAACGGGAUCAACAUGCACGUAGCCGACAAAGGCCAAGGCCAUGUGGUCCUCUUCAUCCACGGCUUCCCGGAGCUCUGAUACUCCUGGAGGCACCAAAUCCAAGCCUUGGCCGCGCUCGGAUACCGAGCAGUGGCUCCCGACCUCCGUGGCUACGGCGACACGGACGCGCCACCCGACGCGUCAAGCUACACGUACUUCCACGUGGUAGGCGAUCUGGUGGCAUUGUUGUUGGACGUAGUAGCAUCGGAUCAGGAGAAGGUGUUCGUGGUCGGGCACGACUGGGGUGCGCUCAUUGCUUGGUAUCUCUGCCUAUUUCGGCCGGACCGGGUUAAGGCUCUGGUCAACUUGAGCGUGGCGUUCAAUCCUAGGAAUCCUCAGCGGAAGCCUAUUGAAACCUUGCAAGCUGUUUAUGGAGAUGAUUAUUACAUGUGUAGAUUUCAGGAACCAGGAGAGAUUGAAGCUGAUUUUGCCCAGAUUGGUACCGAAAGAGUUAUGAAAGAAUUCCUAACAUAUCGCCACCCUGGUCCACUUUUCCUGCCUAAAGGUAAAGGCUUUGGACAUCCUUUAGAUGCUCCAAUUGCGUUGUCAAGUUGGUUAUUUGAGGAUGAUGUUAACUACUAUGUUGGCAAAUUUCAGAAGAAGGGAUUUACUGGUGGCAUAAACUACUACCGGAACAUUAACCGAAACUGGGAAUUAACUGCACCCUGGACAGGGGCUCAAAUAAAAGUUCCAGUUAAGUACAUUGUUGGAGACCAAGACCUAGUUUAUAACUAUGGAGGCGCCAAGGAUUUCAUACACAAAGGUGGGUUUAAGGAAAGUGUGCCGUUUCUGGAAGACGUAGUCGUAAUGGAAGGAGUUGCUCAUUUUAUCAACGAAGAAAGGCCUAAUGAAAUUAGUGAACACAUCCAUAACUUCUUCAAGAAAUUCUGGUGAUGAUCGAGAUAUCCAUUUCCGUUCCCUGUGUUGUGUGCUGUGUCUUCACUGUUUUGUACUCCAACUGGUGUUUCUAUUUUGCAUUUCUUGCCUGACGCCUAAUUGAUGGCUGUUGUUGUCAAUUUCAUACAUUUUCUUGUGUUGUUCUUACGGUUAUUUGUCUGUCGGUACCAGGAAUUUCAGUGGUCCAAGUACAUAUCGAAUAAACAAUCUGUCAUUUCAUCUGUGUAACUUAUUUGGUACGUAUCUCAUUAGGUUCUGCUUUAUCUUAUUGAUAACUGAAAGUCUUGAAAGGUUCAAUCUAGCCUAGGAGUUGAGAAACGCAGCUACAAUCUCAACAGACCAUCAUGUCCUGUAUUUCUUAGACUCAGAAAUGUUGGCUGCUUAAUCACAGAAUAAGAAUGCUUCACAUAUUUUCUUUAUCUUUGCUAUCAGCACUAGGUUGUUCAAAUUCAUCAAAGUCGAAAGCUGGCAGUGGA